AGCUCAAGACUCACAGCAAAGAAAGCAGGGAAAGCAUGUCCUUUUCCUACGGAGCAAAUCUGAGUGAUAAACUGCUAAAAUUCCAGCAUUUAAACUGAAGCACAAUUUCACUGAUUUUACACAAAAUCAACCUCGAUUUUCAUGGAGAAAGGCACUGCUACGCCACUCACUAAACCACUUCGAUGCAUCGUCAAGCUCGGAGGUGCAGCAAUUACUUGCAAGAAUGAAUUGGAGAAGAUAAAUGAAGAAAAUUUGAGAGCGGUUUCGAUACACUUGAGAGAAGCAAUGAUGUCUGGUGAAAUUGUGGAUAUGGAUUGGAGUAAAAGGCCUGAGAAAGCAGAUGUUUCUGUAGAUGUAGAUGGCAUUUCAGAUCAAAUAACAUUGGAGUCCAGCAACUUUGUUGUUGUUCAUGGAGCUGGCUCAUUCGGUCAUUUUCAAGCCAGCAAAUCAGGGGCACACAAGGGAGGAUUGGAUCAGUCUCUUGUCAAAGCCGGCUUUGUUGCGACCAGAAUUUCAGUCACAUCACUCAAUCUUGAAAUUGUGAGGGCACUAGCUCGAGAGGGUAUCCCUUCAGUUGGAAUAUCUCCAUUUUCGGGUGGAUGGACAACGUUUCAGAGAAAUGUUGCUUCCGCUGAUGUCACAACAGUGGCUAAAACUAUUGACUCUGGUUUCAUCCCUGUCCUGCAUGGGGAUGCAGUGCUUGAUCAUUCACAGGGUUGCACAAUUUUGAGUGGGGAUGUUAUUAUACGGCAUAUUGCAGAGAUCUUGAAGCCUAAAUAUGUUGUUUUCCUUACAGAUGUUUUUGGUGUAUAUGACCGUCCACCAUCAGAACCUGAUGCAAUGUUGUUAAAAGAGAUAGCUGUCGAUGAAGAAGGAAGUUGGCGUGUUGUGAAUCCGGCCCCAAAAUCUAUGAAUGAACAAGUUGAGAUAACUGUUGCUGCUCAUGAUACAACCGGAGGCAUGGUGACCAAAAUUUCCGAAGCAGCAGCUAUUGCAAAACUUGGUAUUGAUGUAUAUAUCGUAAAGGCAGCCACAGAUCAUUCCUUGAAGGCCUUAAAAGGGGAAGUAAAAGGGAAAAUUCCUGAUGAUUGGAUGGGUACAGCCAUCCGUUUUAUGAGAAAAUAAUUAUCAACAGCUUGUCAUGUGCAUCAGAGACAGCAUAAUCAUAUAUAAUCCGUUACCUCUGGUUACCACCCUGCUUGUUCUUUCAUGAAGAACUGGGUUGACUGCGAUUUCUACUGCAGCUUGGUAGUCGAGAACAAAAACACUUGAUCUCAUGAUACUGCAACUGCAAGUACCUGAGAGCUCUCUUGGAGUCUUGGUUGGUUCAUAAAUCGACUAAGCACCUGGACCGUGAAGCUUAUUGUCAGGGCUUAUACUCUUAUUGCAGUCAAGUAGAUCAUUUUGUCAAAUUUUUGAUAAGCUUCUCUUUUCGGAAGAGGUUUAUGCCUCUACACUGAAUUCGUUGCAUGCAUCAAUUGUGCGUGUAUUACAGUUGCAUAACCUGACAUAAUCAUCUUAGAAAUGAUGGGUUUAAACAUGAACCUAUAAUAUGUCCUGUUAUUAUACAUUCUACAAAUCAUGUUGAACAUAAUCUAGUUGAUGUGAACAAUUAGGAUUUCAA